CCUGAGCCCGGCUGGACGGCCACGGGCACCAUCGGCCGCUUCUGAAAAGGUUUUUCUAACCCCGCCGAGUCCGCCGAGAUUGUUUUGUUGUUUCUUGUUGUUGGAGUUUUUUUCUUGCUGGAGUUUUUUUUUUUUCUUUAUUCCCCACGCCCCACUUCCGUGGUUUGGAUAUUCUGGGUUGACUGCAAAGAAGAGUUUUGGAGUUGUUUUGGAUUGGGUUUGGUUUUUUGUUUUUUUUUUCUUGGUUUUUUGUUCCCUUCUCCUGCCCUUGAACUGAGUUUGUCCUCUGUGCAUGCCUCUUGUGGAGCAAGGCUGGAUCCUGAACCUCGGUGCAUGUAAGGGGCAAAGCCUCCUUCAUAUUCCUGCAAUAAGAGUAAAAUGUAAAUUGGAUAAUACGACUUCUUGCCAAAGGCUCCAAUGAGUGGCACACAGUCCACAAUCACGGACAGGUUUCCUCUCAAAAAACCUUCGAGACACGGCAGCAUUCUGAGCAGAGAGUCUCCAGCAGACAAGAAGCAGAAGGUUGAACGCUGCAGCAGCACCCACGACUUCGACCCCACAGAUAGCUCCUCCAAGAAGACAAAGUCUAGUUCUGAGGAGAGUAGAUCCGAGACGUAUGGCCUGGUGCAGAGGUGUGUGGUGAUCCAGCGGGAUGAGAACGGCUUCGGGCUGACGGUCAGCGGGGACAACCCCGUCUUCGUGCAGUCUGUCAAGGAAGAUGGAGCAGCCAUGCGGGCUGGAGUGCAGACAGGUGAUAGAAUUAUCAAGGUGAACGGGACUCUGGUAACGCACUCGAACCAUUUGGAGGUGGUCAAGCUGAUCAAGUCGGGUUCCUAUGUAGCUCUCACUGUCCAGGGGCGCCCUCCAGGGUCGCCCCAGAUCCCCCUGGCGGAUUCUGACGUGGAGCUGGCAGCUUUUGGGCAUAUGUCUCCCAUCAUGGCAUCCCCCCACUCGCCUGGCACGUCAGGGAAUGCAGAGAGGAUCACCAGCCCAGUGCUCAUGGGGGAGGAGAAUAACAUUGUCCACAACCAGAAGGUGGAGAUUCUGAGGAAGAUGCUCCAGAAGGAGCAGGAGAGGCUGCAGGACCUGCAGGAGGAGUACAGCCGGACCCCGUCCACCCGCCUGCUCAAGGAGAUCCAGGAGGCAAAGAAACACAUUCCUCAGCUGCAGGAGCAGCUCUCCAAGGCCACGGGCUGCACCCAGGAUGGAGUCCUCUCCUCCAGGUCUGUGUCAGAGUCGCUGCAGAUCAGCGAGGGCGAGGCAGAGAGUGGGGACAGUGGCAGCAAACUGGAUUUCAGUGGUGACAGCCCCUCCAGACCCAACAGUGACAUUGCUGAUAGCCCUCGCAGUGGCCUGAAGGAGAGGAUUUAUUCAGAUGAGAGCCCAGAAAAGGCUGAGCUUCAAGACACUGACUCGCAGUGCAGUGUUGGCAGUCCCCUGUCCCGGGUGGGGACUCAGAUCAUCGGAGCAGAGGAUGAUGAUUUUGACACUGAGCAGGAGCAGAUCAAUGGGCAGUGCAGCUGCUUCCAGAACAUCGAGCUGCUGAAAUCGCGCCCGGCUCACCUGGCCGUGCUCCUGCACCACGUCGUGUCCCAGUUUGAUCCUGCAGCCCUGCUGUGCUACCUUUACACAGACCUGUACAAACAGACCAACUCCAAAGAGACCCGCCGUGUUUUCCUGGAGUUUUACCAGUUUUUCCUGGACAGAGCUGCAAACCUGAAGGUCCCAGUUCCAGAGGAAAUCUCCUUGGAAUUAGACAGGAGAAGGCCAGAGCUCCUCCCUGAGGAGCUGCACCGCCAGUUCAUCCAGACCAUGCAGGAUAAAGUCUGCCCAGAGGUUCAGAGGAACCUGGAAGAUUUCAGGCAGAAGAGGAGCAUGGGGCUGACCCUGGCCGAGGGGGAGCUGAGCAGGCUGGACGCAGAGCGGCUCCGCGACCGCAACGCCGUGGAGAAGGAGAGGAGCUGUGCAGAGCAGAUCCUGGCCAAAAUCGAGGAGGUCCUGAUGACAUCUCAGCCUCUGGAGGAAGACAAGAGCUCCACGAUGCAAUAUGUGAUCCUCACCUACAUGAAACACCUGGGAGUGAAAGUGAAGGAGCCUCGGAACCUGGAGCAGAAACGGGGCAGGAUUGGGUUCCUGCCAAAGAUCAAGCAAAGCAUCAAGAAAGAGAAAGAGGGAGAGGAGAAAGGGAAGAGGAGAGGCUUCCCCAACAUCCUGGGGCCCCCGAGGCGACCGAGCAGACACGACAGCAGUGCCAUUGGCAGGGCCAUGGAGAUGCAGAAGCCCAGGCACCCCAAGCACUCGCCCACAGCCUCCUCUGUGAGCCCCGAGCCCCCCGAGUGCAGCAAGGCGCGGCAGAGCGGCUCCUCCAGCGAUGGCACCGACGGCACCCCCUACCCCCCUGCCAACCCCAUGUCCCCCCUGGCCACGGGGCCCUUUGCCUCCCCGGAGGGCAGCAAGGACAGUGACGCAGGUGUGAAGCAGCCUGGGGAAGCCCCACCUGCCAGCGAGUCCAUGGAUGGCACCCCCCGCACUCCCAACAACACCUUUGAGUUCCCAUCUCCUCUGGAAAACCUGCAGGAGGAGGAGGGAGAGGCUGAGAGGAUGGUUGACAUGGGAACACCGAAGCCUUUUCGCAAGAUGGACAGUGUUGGCUUUGCAGAUGUGCAGAGUGAGGAUGAGCUCUGUGACUUCGACAUGGACAUGGACCCUCCCAACUGGCAGCAGCUCGUGAGCAGGGAGGUGCUGAUGGGGCUCAAACCCUACGAAAUCAAACGUCAGGAAGUGAUAAAUGAGCUGUUCUACACGGAGCGAGCCCACGUGCGCACGCUGAAGGUCCUGCACAACGUCUUCUACCAGAGGGUCACCAGGGAGGGCAUCCUCAGCUCCAGUGACAAGAGGAAAAUCUUCUCCAACCUCGAGGACAUCCUUGGGCUGCACGUUGCACUGAACGAUCAGAUGAAAUCUGUCCGAAAACGGAACGAGACUUCUGUCAUUGGCCAAAUUGGGGAAGAUUUGCUCUCCUGGUUUAGUGGAGCAGCAGAGGAGAAGCUGAAACUUGCCACUGCCACCUUCUGCAGCAACCAGCCCUUCGCUCUGGAGGUCAUCAAGUCCCGCCAGAAGAAGGACUCGCGCUUCCAGACCUUCGUGCAGGAUGCCGAGAGCAAUCCCCUGUGCCGGCGGCUGCAGCUCAAGGAUAUCAUCCCCACAGAGAUGCAGAGGCUGACGAAAUACCCCCUUCUGCUGGAUAACAUUGCUAAAUACACAGAGCUGCCUGAGGAGAAGGAGAAAGUCAAGAAAGCGGCAGAUCACUGUCGCCAGAUCCUCAACCAUGUGAACCAGGCUGUCAAAGAGUCAGAGAACAAACAGCACCUGGAGGAUUAUCAGCGCAGACUCGACCUCUCCUACUUGAAGCAGUCCGAGGAUCCCAUGAUGGAUGAGUUCAGGAACCUGGAUCUAACAAAGAGGAAAAUGCUCCAUGAAGGGCCCUUGACCUGGAAGGUGAAUCGUGACAAAACCAUCGAUCUGUACACUCUGCUGCUGGAGGACAUCCUGGUGCUGCUGCAGAAACAAGAUGACAAACUGGUGCUGAAGUGCCACAGCAAGAUCCUGGCAUCCACAGCUGACAGCAAGCACACCUUCAGCCCCAUCAUCAAACUCAACACUGUGCUGGUUCGCCAGGUGGCCACAGAUAACAAAGCUUUCUUUGUCAUCUCCAUGUCGGCGACGGGGGCUCACAUCUACGAGCUGGUGGCACAGACUGUCUCAGAGAAGAAUGUCUGGCAGGACCUUAUAGCUCAGAUGGCAGGAACUGUGAAGAUGGGGAGCAGCAGGAGAGUGAUCCCCCUGCCUCAGUCAGGCCCUGGCGAAGAGGAGCGUGAGGAAGAGGAGCAGCAGAAGCUCAAGGAGCAGCAUGACAUUCCUGCCAGCAGCCUGCAGAGCCCAGACAAAGACCUGGGCCUGGAGUCUCCCUUGAUACUGAACCCUCAGUCCUCCUCGCCCAUCAUGUCUGAGAAGGCCAAGGUGGAGGGGCUGCUGGGGGCUGAGGGGCAGUUUGAGAAGGGGCAGCAGGCAGAGCUGGCACUCAAGGACUCCUCUGGCUGCAGCUCAGCCUCGGUGCCAGAGGGGCAGUGGGCACGGGAUGCCCUGAGGAACUUGGGGCUGCUGAAGCAGCUCUUGGUGCAGCAGCUGGGCCUGGCUGAGAAGGGCACCCUGGAGGACAGACAGCGCCUGCCCAGGUUCAGGAACGUGUCCCAGGAAGCCCAGACGGAGAGUGGCACCGAGCAGAGUCCAAACGCUGAGAGCAAACGCCAGCAGGCUGCAGAGGACAGAGCCCUGGGCAGAACUGGGGAGGAGGAGAGGCACGGCGCCCGGACUGCAGCGCGGCGCCCGGCCUCGGGGGAUGCCCUGCAGCCGCCGGGCACCGAGCCCCCUGCCAGCGCCGCCCUGCCCAUGGACAGCACGAACCUGGAGGGCUCCAGCUCGGAGCUGGAGGGGCUGGGGGCUGACGAGAGCGGGGAGCAUUUCUUCGAUGCUCGGGAAGCUCACAGCGACGAGAACCCCGGCGAGCUGCUGGACAGGAAGGAGGAGGAGGAGGAGGACGAGGAAGAGGAGGAGGAGGAGGAGGUGCAAAUUCGGAUCUCAGGAAAUUACUUGAUCCUCGAUGGAUACGGAACGGUGCAGGAGAGCUCCACGGACGAGGAGGUGUCGGCGCUGGUGCUGCAGUGCACCUCGCACAGGCAGCCCGCGCUGGGCUGUCCCCAGCAGCAGCAGCAGCAGCAGCAGCAGCCCGUGUCCCCCGGGGAGCCCCGGUGUGGCGGGGACAGCUCGCCCGUGGCCGAGGAGCUGCGCUGGGCGGGCCUGGAGGAGCCCUGUCCCUUCCUGGGCAGCGCCCAGCUCCCCCUGCAGAGCCGCGUGCAGCUCAUGCAGUACAUCCACAACAUCCAGGAUGCCCUGGAGAAGCUCAAGGAGGUGGAGGAGGAUUACAGCGUUCUGCGGCGCCAGGGGCUGGCUGGCUCAGCCUCCUCAGGAGAGCACUCAGACAAAAGCUAGUCGUGUUUCCAGGAGUGGCUGAAGAUUGGAGGAAGAGAAUCAGGACCCAGCACCCGCUGUCUCCCCUGUGGACUCUGGGAUGAGGGUUUGGAGCAUCCAAACAGAACCAUUCUCUAGCAAAGUGGGCAUGGGGUGCUUUUCCUGUGGGGCAUCUGCACUAUCUUGUCAGUGAGGGAGUCUAUUCUAUUCUGCUCCUCUCCUUGCUACCAGAAAUUCAAAUUUUUUUUUUUUUCAGAACAGGAAAAAAAAAAAAAACCAAACCAAAUGUACAGAGCUUUGGGUGUAGGAUAUAAAAAAAAAUGUAUUUAGACAUUUAAAAGAAAAAAAAAAUCAAUGUAUUUAUUUGACUUCAUUCCGUGUAUCAAAAGCACAUUUUAAUUUUUUAAUCUGCCUUUUUUUUUUUUUUUUUGUUCUAUUUUUUUUUUUGGGUAGUGACAGUUCUGGCCCACCCUGCCUGGUGAGGGGACAGGGGGGAUCUGUGUGCAGGUGAUUCCUCACUGGACUGGACUCUGCACUCCCUGCUGGCACCAAGAGCUACUCAUGAAGGUGUUAGGAUGGAAUUUGUGGCUGGGAUUUGUCUGUAUCCAACCAACUGCAUGGGAAUUGCUCGUGUCACCACGUGUGCAACAGGAAUUUUCCAUGCACUAAACAGCCAGGCACUUGAGAUGGGCAAAUUUUCCUUUUCCCCUUUCCCAUUGCUUUGCUGGGAGAGGAGAAAAAGGUUUAAUUUUGGUUUUUUUUUUUUCUUGACUUUGUUGGCUUUGAUCAUUGUCUCCUUUGUAAAGUGAUAAAAAGAAAAAUACUUGGACCUGCAGCACUUUUGUAACUCUUCUCUGGAUCAUAAAAAAAAAGAUAAAAAAAGAUAAAAAAUGCAAACCCAGAAGUGUUUCAAAGAUGUGGGGCAGCUGUGCCCCCGAUUCACUACUGAAUGAAAAAGGGCUGCCAUGGAGUUAGCCACAGGUACUGCUGAUUUUAGGGCCAGUAAGUUUUAGUACCUGGAGUAUGUCUUGCUGAGGGCUCGGGAUGGGCUUUGGGGUUGUUUUUUUGGGGUUGGUUUUUGUGGAAUUUCGCCUUUUUUUUUUUUUUUUUUUUUUUUGUUUUGUUUUGUUUUGGAAAUCAUUUGUGCCAAUGAGAGGGAGAUUGGUCACCCGAGGAGGCUGGAGCAGCUCUGGGUGCCUCCUCAGGCCUGUCCUGCCAGGGUGGGAAUUGGGGUGACCCUGGGCACAGCCUGAGCCCAAUUCCAUUCAUUUCCCAUCCCCUGGGCUGGAUUUCACACAAGAGGGGUCUGACAGCAGGGACUCCUGGAUCCAUGUCCUGCCCCUUGAGCCAUCUCCUUGUUUUCCUGCUUUUCUCUAUCAAAUGAGGGGGAAAAUGAAUUUUUACUGUGGUGGUUCAAGCUGUCCCCAUUGUCACUGGGCUGGGCUGCUCCUUUCAGGUUUUCAGCUCUUUUAAGGAAGGCAAACUGAGCAUCCUGCACAUCCCAUGGACUCAGAGCUUUGCUCAGCACCAGGAUCCUCCAGCUCCUCUAAAACAAACAUUUUCCCUUUGGCUACUGGCAAGAAAUCACCUCUGUCCCCUGUCAGAGGAAUCCCAGCUCGUUUUCGCCCCAGAAUCCUGUGGGAAAUGAAUUCAGGUGGCAGCAGAGGCAGCAGAGGGGAUUUUGCUGUCCUGCUUGGCACAGGGAGGAAUUCAAGCUCUGCCCAGUGCCACUGGGCUGCUCCUGCCAGGUGGGUGAGGAACACACCCUCUUUUCAGAUUUUCAGCUCUUUAAGGGAGCCAAACUUCUUGUCUGCUGGCAAGAAAUCACCUCUGUCCCCUGUCAGAGGAAUCCCAGCUCCUGUUUUCCCCCCAGAAUCCUGUGGAGGAUGAGUUCAGGUGGCAGCAGAGGGAGCAGAGGGGAUUUCACUGUCCUGCUUGGCACAGGGAGGAAUUCAAGCUGUCCCCAGUGUCACUGUUGUUGUUUUUCCCCCAGAAUCCUGUGGAGGAUGAGUUCAGGUGGCAGCAGAGGUGAUUUUGGUGUGGGAGUUGGAGCCAGGAGCCCUUGCAGGGAGGGAAGGGAGGAAUUCCUGUUGUUUGAGGAGCAUCACCACUGCCAGGAGCUCCCUGGGGUUUUUUUGGGAUGCACCAAAUCCUGUGGUGUGGGAUUACUGUCAGUAUUAACCCAGCACUCAGCCCCUCAAUUCCCUGGAUUUUAAACAUCCAAAUUCCCUCUGAGACCCCCUCAGCCUGGAAUGCUGCCAGGAGGAAAACUGAAAACAGCCCAGACCUGGGCUUGGACCCCUUUAUUCCCCUCACACUCCAAAGCCAGGAGCAGUUGUGGUGACCUUAAAGGGUCUAAAGCGAUUAAAAGGUUCCCAGAUGCUUCCAUGGAGCUCCAGGGCAGAGGGAGCUCAGUGUGGCUUUGGAGAAUGUUCUGGAAGGGCAGCACAGGUGGGGUUUGGGGUGGUUCCUGCUCUUUGAUUGUGGUUGAACACAAAAUCCUCGCCGGGUCUCUCCAGGUUACAGAAUUCUGUGGUGGUCCCUGGCGUCACCUCUGGUGUCCCCUCUGGUGCUUGUGGCAGCAGUGGAGAGAGCUGGCAGUGUAAAUUCACAUUUUUGCCUCUUUUCCCAGAGAAUUCCUUUCCAACAAAAUUCCUUUCCCAGGGAAUUCCCUUUCCCAUGGGAUUCCUUUCCCGGGUAAUCCCCAGAGAAUUCCUUUCCCAUGGGAUUCCUUUUCCCAAUGAAAUUCUUUCCCCAGUGAAUUCCCUGGCACACCCCAGACCUCAGGCUGGAGCUCACAUGCACCAUCCAGGAUUCCCACUGUUAUUUCCUCCUUGAAGCCAUAAGAUUCCCCCUUAUUUGAAAAUGGAAUUUUCAUUUUCAUCUCCCCCUGAUUGGUUGGGCAUUCCCUUAUCCAAACAUUUCUCUGGAGUUUUUUGUCCCAGCCCCUCAUUCCAAAAUUAAUAUUUUUUUUUCCCUUCCCCGAAACAGAACAAGGAUUUCUCCCAGUGUUUAAAAUGGGAUAUUCUGAUUUGAAAUUCCAUUGUUUAAAUUGGAUAUUCUGAUUUAAAAUUCCAGUGUUUCAAUUUGGAUAUUUUGAUCUGAAAUUCCACUGUUUAAAAUUGGAUAUUCUGCUUUAAAAUUUCCAGUGUUUAUAUUGGAUAUUUUGAUUUGAAAUUCCGGUGUUUUAAAUUCGAUAUUCUAAUUUAAAAUGCCAGUGUUUCAAAUUGGAUAUUCUCAUUUAAAAUUGGAUAUUCUGAUUUAAAAUUCCAGUGUUUCAAAUGAGAUAUUCUGAUUUAAAAUUCCAGUGUUAUUCUGAUUUAAAAUUCCAACGUUUCAAAUUGGAUAUUCUGAUUUAAAAUUUAAAAUUCCAGUGUUUAAAUUGGGAUAUUCUGAUUUAAAAUCCCAGUGUUUCAAAUGGGAUAUUCUGAUUUAAAAUUCCAGUGUUAUUCUGAUUUAAAAUUCCAGUGUUAUUCUGAUUUAAAAUUCCAGUCUUUCAAAUUGGAUAUUCUGAUUUAAAAUUGGAUAUUCUGAUUUAAAAUCCCAGUGUUUCAAAGUGGAUAUUCUGAUUUAAAAUCCCAGCGUUUCAAAGUGGAUAUUCUGAUUUAAAACUUAAAAUUCCAGUGUUUCAAAUGGGAUAUUCUGAUUUAAAACUUAAAAUUCCAGUGUUUCAGAUGGAAUAUUCUGAUUUAAAUCUCCCUGCUCUCAGAUUUCAUUCUCCUGGAUCCAGUUUUUUUCUGCCUGUUCCCCAAAGAAAUCCCUGGGUUCCCUCCCCUUCCCCCGAGGUGCCAACUGACGAGCAGAUGUACUGCAAAAGGGAUCCUGCAGCCAAAACACUGCUGAUUUAUUUUCAAUUAAGUCUUGUGGAGCUCUCUUCAUACUAGAAUAUUUUUAUUUUCUUUGUACAACAUACAAUCAUGUACUCUUAACAGAGAUUUACUUUAAAGAGAAGAAGAAGAAAAAGAAAAAAAAUCUGGAAGUAUUCUUUAAAAAAAAAAAAUACGCAAAAAUCUUUAUUAAUAAUCCUGUAUUUUUACUGAUCAUGUUUGAAUGUCUAAAAAGACUUUAUUGUUCUAAUUAUCCAGAUGUAUGUUUGUAAAAUAGCUCUUUUAUGACUUAGCUGAUCGGGUUGUAUGUUUCUGGAAUUAAAUAUUGGUCACUUAAAAAAAAAGAAAAAAAAAAGAAAUCUGUUUUCAGGACCUGGGAAAUAGAAAAUUUAAGCGUUUCAAAUAUCAUUAAAUAAGCUUAAAGGAAAA